AUGGAUAUUGUGCUAAAGUCUAAUCCCCCACCAGAUAUUCAGUGGGCUAUUAGUUCACCAUCAACAGCUGAACGAUUUGAAUUCUUUGGUCCAGAACCAGCUGAUGAGGAAACAUUGCACUACAGAGCUAUACUACACAGUUAUCAACCACAGAAUGAUGAUAACACUAUACUGCAAAUGAUUGCCACAUCACCAUUGGGACAAGCAACAUCAAUAUGUCAAAUACAACCAAGACAGCAACAAACUGUCAAUGUACAAUUUGCUAAAACAUUAACUUCACAACUAGAAGUUGCACUAGAUGAGCCAUUACAUUUAGAAUGUUCAGUUGUGCCGACGACAGUUCCAAUUGAAUUUCGAUGGUAUGUUAAAGGAUUCGAAGUUAAUCCUGAACACAUGCCUUGUACAGUGAAGACGUCUGAGUUCACAUCAAUUUUAGAAAUACCAAAACUUACUUCUGAGAUUUUUGGAACCAUCAGUGUGUCUGUGUUAUAUCCUCUGGGUGAACUAAGUAGUUCAUGUGAACUAUUUACUGCUCCGCAAGUACAAAUGCCUGUUGCUGAUGUCGUUACUGAAUUGCCAUCAGUACCAGACUUGUUAACAGUUGAAUUGAAAAAUGUUGAAGAACAUGAAUUCAACUUCGUCAAACCUCUUCACUCUGAAAUACAUCAAGAUUCAACUGAAGAAUAUACUUUAGAAUUGGAAUGUCAGCUGCUGGCGGAUCAACAACCAGUGUCUGUUCGUUGGAGUCAUGAAGGUGCUGAAUUAACUGUCUCGGAUCGUAUUGAACAGGUUUAUGAAUAUGAAAGUGGCUUAGCUAAGCUAAUUAUACAUAAUAUCCAACCACAAGAUAUGGGUGAAUACACCUGUGUUGCCACACAAACUCAUAGUGAAACUACACAAAUUGAACUAAUUCAAAAGACUAUCACUACAAGUACUCUUGUAGACAUAGAAGUCCCUGAAUCAGUUGAAGUUAUUCCAACAGUCAGUGAGAAAGUGCUCAUGUUUUUGCAACCAGUAACAGCAAAUAUUCACACUGUACAAGAGCAUAAGAUCUUGAACUGGAAUGUCAAAUUCAAGCGGAUCUAA